UUAGCUUUAGCUAACAUAUUUACGGCCAAAAUAGAAAAAGUAAUACUCAGACAAAGCACCACAAAACCAACUUUUUGGAAAAGAUUCAUAGAUGACGUGAUGUCUAUGUGGACAAGCAGAGACAAAAUAGAGGAUUUCCUUGUGAAGGCAAACAGUUUUCACUUAACGAUCAAAUUCACGGCUGAAAUCUCAGAAACAGAAACCACAUUCUUAGACACGAAAGUGUACAAAGCCCGGCAUAGUAAAUCGAACGUUCGAAAAUGGAACUCAAUCGAACUCAAUCUGUGGAUUGAGUUCGAUUGAGUUCGGCAAUCGAACGAAAUCGAACACCACACUUUCAGUGUGGAAUUCAAUCGAACAAAUCGACCUCAAUCCGUCUGAUUGUGUUCGAUUGAGUUCGGAAACCGAACUCAAUCGAACACAAUUAAAUGGAUUUCGUUCGAGGGAUUAUAGGAUGACUCCAGUCCUUUCAUUAAUUGUACUCAGAGUCAAAAUCUAGGCCCCAGCUGCGCUCUUUUCUGUGAUUAUAACGUUAACAUAAGCAUAAGUUUGAAUACGAGCAGUCGCGACAAAGGUAGCUGUGGUUUCGUUUCCUUAUGAGUAGUUUGAUUUCUUAUUCUAAUAUUACUGGCACUUUUCAAAGAGAUGAAUGCGUGGGGAACACCACACUUUGAGUGAAAAGAAAACUGACGAGCUGGGCCCAGCGUGAUACAGCAUUGCAGAAAAACAUUACACUCACGGACUAAAGAAAAUCGCUUAGAUCAGAUCCAGAAGGCACUUUGGAGAAAAUUGGAACCCUUAUUCAGCCGUAAUAAAAAAGCUUUACGCUUCAAAAGAGGUCAAAGAAAAUGCGCUUGCAUCAGAGGGCAAAUCCUGCCGACCAGAAAACAAUAACUACAGUCAAUCGAUAUAUACAGAUGUAUAUGUCAUGCCCUCUUAGUGUGAAACAUGCGGCUAAAACCACAUUUGCUCAGUAAAAUGCAGAACCUUCCAGAGCAUAAUCUACCCAGCAGAUAAAAACAACUUUAUUGGAAUAAGAAGCAUUUUGGCAUGAAGUAAAAGUCGUAUAGGCCUACCCGCCCCCUUCAUUGCACGAAAAAUUGGAUUUACUCACAUUUACUCAUGAGGAAAUAUGAUGCAAACGCGGUGCAAAUGUGUGGCAAACAUAGUAAAUGCCGUAUUUACUUCACUUUUACAUAGGGCUUGUAAAUGUGUGAGUAAAUACGGCCCUUUGACUAUGCAUUUGAAGCUUACGAUCCACAACGCAUCUGAAGCCAUUUCUGCGGAAUUUCUUCGUUUACGAAAAACACGUGCGCUAUACUCAGGGCUGAAGUAACUCGAGCUUCUAAGAUCUGGUAAUGGAUUUUCAACGUCCGUUUUACAUAAAUCACGAGUUCGAAAAUCGAACGUUCGAUUGGGUUCGAUUGAUUUUUUUUCUUUUCGGUGAGUUCGAUUUCGUUCGAUUGCCGAACUCAAUCGAACUCAAUCCACCGAUUGAGUUCGAUUGAGUUCGAUUUAGUUCGAUUGAAAUUUAGUUCGAUUGGGUUCGAUUUACUAUGCCGGGACAAAGGUGACAGAUUCAAUAAGGAAUCUACAGAAAACUCUCAAUACACGAAUUUCUAUUCGUGUCACCCACCAGGCGUCACGAAAAGUUUUAUAAAAGGAGAAGCUUUAAGGCUUCUGAGAACAAAUUCCUCUCAAUUUACUUUUGAGGAAAACAUGAGUAAUUUAAAA